CUGUUUUCGGUGUGACGUGUUUCCGGUUCGGCUGAGAUGGCGCUGGAAACGGUGCCCAAAGAUUUAAGGCAUCUUAGAGCCUGCCUGUUGUGUUCCCUCGUGAAGACCAUAGAUCAGUUUGAGUACGAUGGCUGUGACAACUGUGAUGCAUAUGUACAGAUGAAGGGAAACCGUGAGAUGGUUUAUGAUUGCACCAGCUCUUCCUUUGAUGGGAUUGUGGCCAUGAUGAGUCCUGAUGACAGCUGGGUAUCCAAGUGGCAGCGAAUAACCAAUUUUAAACCGGGUGUGUAUGCCGUAUCUGUCACUGGCCGCCUGCCACAAGGCAUUGUACGUGAGUUGAAGAGUCGUGGUGUGGUAUACAAAUCCAGAGACACCGCCAUCAAGACGUGACUGUGGGAGGGGGACUGUAGCAGAGAUUGGGCCUAUGUGUCUUCUCUUCCGUUGGUUUUAUUUUCCAGUUGUGUUGCUGAAGCUGUGGUUUCCUUGUUUUUCAGGGUGGGGGUGGGGUGUUGGCCUUGACAGGUCACACAUACCUAGUUUUUUUUUUUUACGCAUUUUUGUCAUCUGAUCAGAUUAUCAAACUCUGGGCUGAGUUUGGCGAUGCCUAAAACCCAAUAAAGUUGUACAAAAAAAGAGAUGUACGUUCUGUUCCAAGUUACUGCCUCAUACUUUAUCUGUAUCUCCCAAACCCUAUGCAUGUCUCUACCUCAGUCUGAAUGUAAAACUUCUCAACCACGAAGACGUCACGUGCCCUAAUCUAAUGAAAGGAAAUGGUUAACAGUUAAAGGGGACACUGGAACCAACAAAUGUUACAAAAAUGUUAAUGCUUUAAUCCCAACCCAAGUAAAUAAAGAUUUAUAGCCAUA